GCAUGCUCUGUGACGACUCUCCCGGUUUGACUGCUUUGGCGGGAUCCCGGUUUUCUUCGUUCCCUGAUUCCGUUGGUCAUGGUGGAAGGGCCUGGAUGUACACUAAAUGGAGAGAAGAUCAGGAGCCGAGUGAAGAAAGGGCAGCGAGUUGUGGAGCUAACGGGGAAUGUGACCACUGAAUUAAAUGGACCAAUUUCUUGUCGGGAUGGAAUCCUCCUGCUCAAAGGAAAGGUUUACACUGGUGUGAAAACAUUGGGCAAGGAACUGUUCAUUUUUUUUGGCUCAACCACGCUCAGGAUACAUUUUGGUAUGCAUGGUUCAGUGUGCAUCAAUCCAUCUGAGAGAAGGCACAAGGAUGGCACUGCAGCAGUUUUUGAAAUCCAGCUAACUAAUGAUUUGAUUUCCUUCUUUGACUCCACAGUGGAUGUCAGGAGCACAUCUGAUUGUGAACAGAAAGUAAAAUUGUUAGAAGAACUGGAUGUUUGUUCAGCUAGAUUCAGUUAUUCCCGAGCUGAGAAUGAAUUGAAGCAACAUGGUGCCCGCAUGAUCUGUGAUGUGCUGUUGGACCAGACUGUGUUUCCUGGAGUGGGAAAUAUUAUUAAAAAUGAAGCCAUGUUUGAUAGCAGCUUACAUCCUGCUGUGAAGAUUUGGCGCUUAUCAGCUGAACAAAUACACCACCUUGUAAAAGUGACACGUGACUUCACAAUUCUGUUCUAUAAGUGUCGUAAGAUGGGAUCAGCUUUGUAUAAGCAUUAUAAAGUAUACAAGCGUUCCUCAUGUGGACAGUGCAAUGGUAAAAUCACUGUCUGCCGUCUUGGGGAGAACAAACGAAUGACAUAUUUCUGCUCUUGCUGUCAGAAGGAAGAUCCCUGCCAGAUUAACAUUAGUAAUUUGCCUAAACGGAAUAGCCUGAUUGGAUGGGCACAUGCCUUUGGAGAUCAUUCUACUGACACCGUUGCCAAAAAAGACGAGGAAGAAUGGACCUGCUCACUUUGUACUUUAAUCAAUGCACCAUCAGCUAAAUCAUGUAAUGCCUGCCUGACACUAAGGCCUAUGAAUGAACCUUCAUUUCCGAUGUCUGACUUCAACAAUGAUCUCGUAAAAUACCCAUGCAAUAGUUUUGAGAAGCCAAAGAUUGAGUGGAAACUAAAUCGAAAGGCAGUAUUUGGUACAACGACAUUAGUUUUCACAUCACUAAGGAGCCCUGGAGUAAGCCCUGGAUCCACAGCCUCAGUUGGUGAUGAAAUGAAAAGGAAGACACCGUUAUCACACGGAAACACUUCACGCCAAGCUUUUCCUUUGGUUAAGAGUAGUUCUGCAAAUAUGAUGAGCUCCAGUCUGAAAAUGAAUGGCCCCUUUAAUAACUAUGCAAACCAAAUGGCCAAUGAUUCAAUAGCUUCGAGUUGUACAAACCAAAAUUUAUUUCAUCAACCUCCCAAAAGAAUUAAAACGGACCAUAGUUUAUCUUUUGAUUCCCAGAGAAGUGAUAAAAUUUCUGCUUUCAGGAGUGCUGUUAAUAUGAAUGAUGAUACUGCUGCUAUAAAUCCUGAAACCCCAUGUUGCAAAAAGCAUAGUCGUCCCUGCACAUUAAGACUGGUCAAGAAAGAAGGAGACAACAAAGGGAGGCAGUUCUACGUGUGCUCCCUUCCUCAAGAAUCCCAAUGUGACUACUUUCAAUGGGCUGACUUACAUUUUCCAUUCUGCAAUCAUGGAAAGCGAUGUAUUAUGAGAAGAGUGCUGAAACUUGGCCCCAAUAACGGACGUAACUUUUAUGUGUGUUCACAAGGAAUAGGAAAGCAGUGCAAUUUCUUUCAAUGGGCAGAGAAUGGAUCAAGCAUCAACAUUAUUCCAGGCAGCUGAAACUCCACCAGUACCACCGAGGCAAGCGUGUAUGGAAUAGCUUUACUGAUCCAAGCACAAGAAAAUGAAGAAAUCUCUGACUUACAUUUUUAUAACAUUUAAAAUUGUAUAACCGUUUCUGAUAUCUUUAUUUUGAAUCAAGAUUACAUUUAUUCCUCCCAUCAUUCCUAACUUUGUCAGCCCUGAGCAUGUCGUGAAUUUCUUGAAAUUUGGUAUUUUUUUAAGUAAUGUCUUUUUUUCUUUAUUUUAUCUCUGUAUCAUUCUGUAAUUUGUUUCAGUAGAUGAGAUCCUCUUUGUCACCUGGCUUGUUCUACAUAUCUUCGUAAUAAGGAUUAAUAAAUUGAAGAAUUCUGUUUUUAA